AUGGACGGCGAGGAAGGUGACGGGUUACAGAAUGUUUCUGCGAACGCGGAGGAGACCGUUAAGGACGGUCAGAGGGAGACUAUGGAAGGUCCCAAGGAGGGUAAAUCGGCGCCAAUGAAAUUCUCUCUUGGCAAGAUGAAAGGAGCGGCGAAGGUUCCGCGGAAGGUGCAGGAUAAGAAGGACGAGGAGAGCGAGCAGCGGGAGUUGAUCACCGCCGUCGAUUCCACCGGCUUGGUAGCCAAGGACGAGUCUAAGUCGAAGCGCGGGCCUAAGAUAAUCGCUCCGCUAGAAGACACGUGGAAGCCGGAGAAGCGGAUGAAGAGCGUGAAUCCGGAAAUGGAUGAGAUUAUGGGAGGUCCGGAAAAUAAAUUCGAUAUGGGUAAUGCGGGAUCGUUACCUGGAGGGGAAGGAAAAGAGGAUGGUGAUGGAGCGGACGAAUCUUCUGGAGGCGUUCGAUACGGCUUGACCGUCAGAUCUGCUCCGGAAAGGGUUGACGAUCGAGAUCAACGGCCUAUUAUGGAUCCUGAAACGCAGAAGCUGCAGGAGGAUCUGGAGCGUCUUCCAGAUGAAGCGAAUUUAGACGACUACGAGUCGAUGCCUGUAGAGGAUUUUGGAGUUGCGCUUCUAACGGGGAUGGGUUGGCAGAAAGGCAAGCCUAUUGGUCGCAACGCCAAGGGAUUGGCAGAACCCGUGGAGUUCGUUCCGAGACAGGGACGCCUGGGUCUAGGAGCUACUCCUAAGCUGCUGGAAAACAACAAGAAGCUGAUUAAGCCUGGGGAGACCCGAGGGCCCAAGCCGGACCUGGUAGCUUCAGUCGGACCAGACGGGAAGGUUCGGCAUGUGAAGCCGAUUUCGGAGAAGCUAGUGGAGAGGGUGAGGCCUGGGCCGGCCAAGGGGAAGGUGAUGAGGAUAGUUGAGGGACGGCAUGAGGGAUUGAAAGGGGAAGUACUUGAAGUGAUGGAAUUGGGAGAAGGGCAGGGGGUUCAGGUGAGGCUGGUGCUUGUGAGUAGUGAGGAGGUGAUUGUAGUGAAGGGGAAGGAGGUGGCGGAUUUGGGAUCGUGGGAGGAAGAACAGGCGAUGAAGAGGAUACGGGAUUCCGUGUCAUCAGAAGCUGGUGAAAGGAGUGGGAAUGGAGUCAGUAGCAGAGGCAACUUGGUCCAGGGAUUGAAGGAGCAGGAAAUGGAAACAGCUCUGCCGAAGAAAGGGGGUCGCGUUAUGAUUCUUUCUGGCGCGAACCGAGGGCAGGUUGGGAAACUUUUGGAAAGGAGAGGAGAGGAGGGUGUGGCUGUUGUCCAGUUGGCAGAGUCAUUUGAUUUGGAGCGACUGGCAAUGGAUGAUGUGGCAGAGUAUGUUGGGGAGUUGGGCAGCUAUGAGGGCUAA